AUGGAGCACGACGCGAUGCCACCCUCUCCGCCGUGUUCCGCCGCGGCCGACGACGGCUACAGCGCGUCGAUCGCCGAGACGGCGACCGGGUGGCACUUGCUCAAGGUCGUCGGCUACUCCCAAUUCAAGGGCAUCGGGGUCGCCAGGCGCAUCAAAUCAUCAAGCUUCCUCGUCGGAGGGCACAGCUGGUGCGUCAUCUUCUUCCCCGACGGUUCCAGCGAGGAGACCGCCGAAUGGGUAUCCCUGGGGCUCCGUCUCGAGCGUCUUGGCAGCACGGACGGCGGCGACGUCCUGGUACGGACCAAGUACAGCUUCCUCGACCGGGUCGGAGAGCCCAUCCCGUCUUCCACGAGAACGGGCACCAGUUGGCUAACCUUCUCGAGGACGUCCCAGUCAUGGGUCUACUCACAGUUCAUCAAAAGGGAGGACAUGGAGUCAUCGUAUGUCAAAAAGGACAAGUUCUGUAUCAGGUGCGACGUCAGAGUCAUUGAGAACUGCUGCCAAUUGUCAGCCGCGGUACCACCAUCGGAAAUGCGCCGGCAUUUCAUGGACCUCCUAGCCAGCGGGGUUGGAGCCGAUGUCGCAUUCGAUGUCGGCGGUGAGACGUUCGCGGCGCACAAGAACGUGCUCGCGGCACGGUCGUCUGUGUUCAAGGCGGAGUUCUUCGGCGGCACGAUGAAGGAGAACGUGGCCACCCGUGUGAGGGUCGACGGCAUCGAGCCAAGGGUGUUCAAGGCCAUGCUCCACUUCGUCUACACCGACUCGUUGCCGAGGUUUGACCGCGGCGACGAGCUUGUGAUGGCUCAGCAUCUGCUCGUGGCGGCGGACAGGUAUGACAUGCAGAGGCUAGCGUCGAUGUGCGAGUUUGCUCUCUGCUUGUUCAUUGACACGAGCGUAGCGGUGAGUACGCUUGUGCUUGCUGAGCAGCAUGGAUGCCGUCGGCUCAAGGAGGCAUGCUUCAAGUUCCUCAAGGAUUCUGGGAAGUACAAGGAGGUUCUGAUGGGGGAUGACUUUGAACAUCUGGCAAACAGUUGCCCCUCUCUUGUCGACGAGCUGUGUGAAAAGUUCGGUGUGUCACCUCUUGGAAACUGA